AUGGCCGCGCAGGAGCCGCCGCGGCCGCCCCCGGGCGCUGCCGAAGCGGCGGAACCGGAGCCGGGCGGGCGGUACGAGGCGGUGGUGCCGCACUGGUUCUACUGCAAGGUCACGGACACGCGGGAGCGCUGGGUCCCGUUCAGCGCGCAGGACUCGGAGCGGCUGGAGGAGGCGCACGGCGCAGGGAAGGCCCAGGAUGACGUGGUUGUCCCCACGUCGGGGGGCAGGUACGACGUGCACCUGCGGGCGCGGCGGCGCGUGGCCGUGUACUGGGAGGAGGAGGUGUCUGAAGUGCGUCGCUGCACCUGGUUUUACAAGGGGGAGAAGGACAACAAGUUCGUUCCCUAUUCGGAGUCCUUCAGUGAGGAACUGGAGGAAGCUUACAUGAUUGCAGUGACCCUGGGUGAGUGGAAGAAGAAGCUGGAGUCCCCCAACAGAGAAGUCAUUGUCCUGCACAACCCAAAGGCUCUUCUUGUUCCCAAGCUGAUGGUUCACUACCAUCCCGUUGCCAGCUCUGAUGACUGGGUCUCCACCCCCACGGAACAAGGUCGGCCCCGAACUGUGAAGAGAGGAGUGGAGAACAUCGCUGUCGAGAUCCCCAAUGGUGAGCCGCUGCAGAUCGACCACCUGGUGUUCGUGGUGCACGGGAUCGGCCCCGCCUGCGACAUCCGCUUCCGCAGCAUCGUGCAGUGCGUGAACGAUUUCAGGAACGUUUCCCUCAGCAUGCUGCAAGCACACUUCAAGAAGGCCCAGGAGCAGCAGCAGGUUGGGCGGGUGGAGUUCCUGCCCGUGAACUGGCACAGCUCCCUGCACUCCACAGGCGUGGACGUUGACCUGGAGCGGAUCACGCUGCCCAGCAUCAACCGCCUGCGUCACUUCAUCAACGACACCAUCCUGGAUGUGUUCUUCUACAACAGCUCCACCUAUUGCCAGACCAUCGUGGACACGGUGGCCUCGGAGAUGAACCGCCUGCACCAGCUCUUCCUGCAGAGGAACCCGCAGUUCAAGGGCGGGGUGUCCAUCGCGGGGCACAGCCUGGGGUCACUCAUUCUGUUUGAUCUCCUGACGAACCAGAAGGCUGAUCCUGAGGAGGACGAGCACUGUGCACAGGUAUGGGAGGUCACUGACCUCCUUCCUGCAGCUGCAUGGGGACAGGGGAGAGAACACAUGCACAGCAACAAACUGGUGAGCAGAAAGCAUUAUCACUUCUGGAUCUGUUCACAGGGGUCCAGGACAACCUCAAGCAUGGGGGGUAUUGAGGAAGUGAAAGAAAUCCUGAAGAAGCUGGAGCUGUCUGAGUAUUGCGAUGUUUUUGAGAAGGAGAAAAUGGACAGGCAAGCACUGUUCUUGUGCACAGAGAAAAACCUCAAAGAAAUGGGAAUUCCCUUAGGGCCAAGAAUGAAAAUACUCCAUUACAUCAGCUCCAAGACAGAGAUUAAGGAUCAGAGCUCAGCAGCUCCCGGGCACAGUGAGCGUGGAGCCGAGCCAGGGUCCCUGUCCCAGCACGGGGACAGCUCAGAGCACGUCAGGAACUGCCAGUACAGGGACGUGGGCUUGGGACAGGUCUCAGCAAACUACCCCCAGCUGAACUACAAGCCCAGCAUCUUCUUUGCCUUUGGCUCUCCCAUUGGGAUGUUCCUCACCGUGCGAGGAGUGAAGCGCAUCGACCCCAACUACAGCCUGCCCACCUGCAAGGGCUUCUUCAACAUCUUCCACCCCUUUGACCCAGUGGCGUAUCGGAUCGAGCCCAUGAUCGUCCCGGAGCUGGAGUUCGAGCCCAUGCUGCUGCCCCACCACAAGGGCAGGAAGAGGAUGCACCUUGAACUGAAGGAAGGGCUGACUCGCAUGAGCGUGGACCUGAAGAACAACCUGCUGGGCUCGCUGCGGGUGGCCUGGCAGUCCUUCACCCGUGCCCCCGUGCCAGCCCUGGAGGCAGGGAGCUCUGAGGCCGAAGCAGAGGCAGAGGCUGGCACUGAGAAGCAGCCAGACACAAAGCCAGAGGAGCCCCCAGCAGCAGUGAAGGAGGAGACCCCCCUGAUCAACGUGGGGAGGCUGAAUGGAGGGAACCGCAUCGACUACGUGCUGCAGGAGAAGCCAAUCGAGAGCUUCAAUGAGUAUUUGUUUGCACUCCAGGGGCAUCUCUGCUAUUGGGAGUCAGAGGACACAGUUCUGCUGGUUCUGAAGGAGAUCUACCAGACUCAAGGCAUCACACUGGAUCAACCUUUACCAGGAAGCCAGUGACCAACCUGUGCUGUUCUGGCUGUCCAAUCCCACUGAGUACUCACCAGGAAAGUCCAGAUCUCUUCUCUGCCUUCCUCUCUCCUCUGCUACCGUGUCCUGCAUGCUGCUUCCCAAGUACUUGCUGCUGCCUGGAGAUAAGGAUGGAUUUCCCUCUGUUUUGGGUAGGGGUAGGGGGAAAAACCAUCAAGGGAAAACCACUUCUGCUCAAGCACACACAACACCUGUACAGUGACUCCCUGUGGCAACGUGUACUUUUCACCCUGCACCCCGUGAGUCCCCUCACCAGCCCCUCUCCAGCACUGCAGCAGACAAGCUGUCAGGAUCAGAACAGUGUCCUGGGAAAGGACACUCACAGCCCGGGACCCUGAGGAGAAAAAGCCUUAAACACACAGCGUGGAAAGAGCUCCAGCAGCCCUGGAGCAGGGGAGCUUGCUGACUGCUAACACAAACACCCACACCAGCACUGUGGGCCCGGGAGGCAAAGCCCAGGGUACAGGCUGCUGCUGCUGAGCCAGCAGGGUCUGUGCAGCAACCACCCACCCUCGUGUCCCUGCACUGCUGCUGCAUGUUUGUGCACCCCUGGGCUAUGCCAGGCAGGGCUGCCCUGUAAAGCACCCCGUGAGAGCAGCAUGUUUGUGCUCCUCCCUGCUGUGGUGUGCUGGUAGUGGCAGCUCAGCACCCUCACCCAGGCCGUGCUGGCAAACCAAGGACCCUCCCCAGGCACAGCCAGUGCCCAGCUGUACCUGCUCCAAGGAAAACUUCACCUCCAGCUCCAGCCAGCCUGGGCAGCAGCAGCUGCUCCUGGCAGUGGCAGGGCAGCGAGAGCCCUCUGCCCUGCAGGACAUGGAGCUGCCAGCUGAGGAUGGAGAUCCUGCCAUGCUCCAGUCCUUGUUUUUAGCUUUAAAUGUACAAAACACAGCCAGCAAAGGUGCAGGCCAGAUCCAGCAGGGUCUGGACACUGCAGGAAUGACACCAGCUCUGUAGGCAGCUCAGUCUGUACCUGCCUUGAAGCUCUUUUCUGAGGGGGACAGGGCUGGAGAGCCUCUGUGAUCCUUCCCUGGCCCCCAAAGCCCCUGGGCUGGCUCAGUGCCUGGGCUGGGGCUCCAGUGCUGUAUGAGGUGUUGCUGUGCAGCCUUUGGAAGAGCCAAACCACUUUAUCUCCUGCUGACUUUUGCCCUGCAUGGGGUAAGGAGCCUUUUUCCCCCACAGCCUGUUGGUUUGUUUUUCCUCCAUUGUCUGUUAUUUGCACUAUUGGAAGGGUUUUGUUUGCAGCCUCCAUCCCUCCUCCCAAGGAACAGAAGAUGUUCUUUACCUGACUGCAGGAACAGCCAAGCUGCUUGGUCAGCACCUGAACUGCUGCUGGCUAAGGUCUCAUGGGAGUAGGAAAAGGGACAGUCUUAACAUAGGACACUAAUGAUCAGCUUUUUAAGUUAUGCACUUUGUUAAAAAAAAGAAGUUAAAUACAUUUUAAAUGUUAUUUAAUGUCUUUUCCAGUAAAAGCCAAAAUAAAUAAGUA